UUGGGUCUAGUAAAUUUGAAAAAACACAAGCAAGAACCACCAAAAGUUCAAACUUGAAAAAUUAAAAUUAGAACUAUCCUCCAUCGGAAUCGGCGCGCUCGCUCGCUACAUGUCCGCCGCAGCCGCAAUGGCAGGGUUAUCAAAGACGCCGGGAGCUUUCACCAUUACACCACACAAGCUUUCUAUUUGCAUUCUCAUCCAAGUCUAUGCUCCGCCUUCCCAAAGCUCAGUUCCUUUCCCUUUCUCUUCCGUUGCUCAACACAAUCUUCUGGGCUCCUUCUUAUUAUCUCUCACUAAGUCGUCUGAGGAUAUUUUUGAGCCAAAGCUGGAUGAACUUGUCGCACAGCUUAGGGAAAUUGGAGGUGUAUUGAAUCAUUGGUUGAGUGACCAUUUAGCUCGCAAAUUAUCAUCAUUAGCCUCACCAGAUGAUUUGUUCAACUUUUUUAAUGACUUGCGAGGCAUACUUGGGGGUUCUGAUUCAAAUGUCAUGGAUGACGAUCAAAUCAUUUUGGAUCCUAGCAGCAAUCUUGGAGUCUUUGUUCGUCGUUGCUUACUUGCGUUUAAUCUAUUAUCAUUUGAGGCUGUGUGUCAUCUUUUGACAAAUGUAGCAACAUAUUGCAAAGAAUCUCUCUCAACUUAUGAGUUAUCACAUUUCAACGAAUCUGAUAGCGAUACUGAAGCACCAAUGCACUAUGAGAACAUGGAUUUGGAGAAUCUUGUUGUCGAGAAUGUCAAGAAAGAAAUUGAAUCAAGAAAUGUGGUUGAUGCAAGACUUUCUUUCCACAAUCAUGCAUCUAAAGCUCUAGUUAGAGCAAUUGAAGAUCGUGAUUUUUCUCCUGGGCCACAAGUUAGAAAAAUCAGUAAGCCUAGAGAAGUUGGCGCAUGUGCAUCUUCUUCUCGUGAUUUAUCUGAUCCUGAUGAUUCUCCAUCUGGGGCUUUCUUACGUACAAACUGGCAAAUACAAGGUUAUCUAUUGGAGCAAGCUGAUACGAUUGAAAGGCAGGGAAGCUCCUUCCCUUUGAAUGCUUUUGAGUCUGUAUUGAAGGACCUUCUUAAAUUAGCUCCUGAACUACAUCGUGUUCAUUUCUUGCGUUACUUGAAUAGCCUUUAUCAUCAGGACUAUCAUACUGCUCUAGAAAAUAUUCACCGAUAUUUUGAUUACAGUGCAGGGACAGAAGGAUGUGAUUUCGCAUCCUCUUCUUCAACAGGCUGCAAUAGCUUUGGUAGAUAUGAAAUUGCGUUAUUAUGCUUGGGGAUGAUGCAUUUUCAUUUUGGGCACCCAAAGCAAGCUUUGGAGGUGUUGACAGAAGCAGUCCGUGUGUCUCAGCAGCAAAACAAUGACAGUUGUCUUGCUUACACGUUAGCAGCAAUUUGCAAGUUAUUGUCUGAAUUUGGAGUCUCAAACAUGAGGGGACUUAUUGGUUCAUCCUAUUCACCAGUUACCAGUAUAGGAACUUCAUUAUCUACUCAACAGCUCUUAUAUGUUCUCCUGAGAAGAUCCUUAAAGCGAGCAGAAAGUCUAAAGCUGAAACGGCUGGUUGCAUCUAAUCAUCUUGCCAUGGCUAAAUUUGACCUGACUCAAGUGCAACGACCUUUGCUUUCAUUUGGUCCAAAGGCUUCCAUGAAACUUGCAACAUGCCCAACCAAUGUCUGCAAGGAACUGAGGUUGAGUUCUCAUCUGAUUAAUGAAUAUGGUGAUGAGGCUUCAUUAAUGAUCUCAGAUGGGGCCUUUUGUACUCAAUGGAUUAAGAAUUUGAAGAAACCAAAAGGUUCUGUUGUCUUUUCCCAGGAGAAUGAAUGUAGGAGUAAUACUGACGCGUUCCAGUUCUGUGGGCAGCCAUGUUCCAUCCCUGGAUCUGUGCUGCAACUUUUAGGCUCUUCAUAUUUGUUCCGUGCUACUGCCUGGGAGGUAUAUGGCAGUUCACCCCUUGCUCGAAUGAAUGCACUGCUUUAUGCAACAUGCUUUGCUGACUCAUCGAGUUUGGAUGAUGUGGCGUUAGCAUAUGGCAAACUUAUCCAGCAUCUAGCAGUAUUUAAAGGAUACAAAGAAGCUUUUGCUGCUCUGAAACUCGCAGAGGAGAAGUUUGUAUCGCUUUCAAAGUCACAAAUUCAGCUUGUAAAAUUACAAUUGCUCCAUGAUCAUGCUUUACAUACGGGAAAUUUAAAAUUAGCACAACAGUUGUGUGAUGAGCUUGGUGUUUUAGCCUCUUCAGUAACUGGCGUAGACAUAGAGAUAAAGGUUGAAGCUAGCCUCCGCCAUGCUCGAAUACUGAUUGCAGCAAACCAAUUUAGCCAGGCAGCAGCUGUUGCACACUCUCUCUUCUCUAUGUGCUACAAAUUCAGUUUACAAGUCGAGAAUGCCACUGUUCUUCUUUUAAUUGCAGAGAUACACAAGAGAUCAGGAAAUGCUGUUUUAGGUAUUCCGUAUGCAUUGGCAAGCCUUUCCUUUUGUAAAUCUUUCAACUUGGACCUUCUCAAAGCAUCUGCUACACUGACACUUGCGGAGCUUUGGCUCUCACUUGGAUCAAGUCAUGCGAAAAGAGCUUUGGCUCUCAUACAUGGGGCAUUUCCUGUACUUCUUGGUCAUGGUGGUUUGGAGCUCCGAGCUCGGGCCUUUAUCACUGAAGCAAAAUGCUAUCUUGCUGACUCAAGCUUUUCAGUAUGCGAAGAACCAGAGAUGGUACUUGAACCAUUAAGGCAGGCUUCCGAAGACCUGGAACUUCUAGAGUAUCAUAAAUUGGCUGCCGAAGCGUUUUACUUGAUUGCCAUUGUUUAUGAUAAGUUGGGGCAGCUGGACCACAGAGAAGCAGCAGCUAAGUCAUUUAGGAAACACAUCACCACUCUUGAAAGCUCUGAUAUUUGAAGAUCCUCGUCAAUAUUUUGCUAAGAAACCAGUAUCUUACAUAAAUAUUCCUUUGGCUGUUUUCUAUCGUUGCAGACGUGCCUUGUUACAGCUUCGUUGUUCAUGCAGCAUUAGAAGCAUUGGGUAGUGAAGAUAGAACAGAUGUGGCUUUCCGAUUGCAUGAAAUUUUAGAAACUCCUCUAAUUUCUUGGCAAGUGUACCGUCCAGAUAUCAGGUUAGCCUCUUAGUGCUCGGUGACUGGUAUGCCAGUGAGUGUAUUAACAUUUUCUAGUAUGAUUGUUGGAAUUCUCGCCCCGCUUGCAAGGCCUACAAGAGGCUAAGGCUAAACGAUUUACCAGGGGAUUCAGAUUAGAUGUCCACAAUCUCUGAUCGGGUGAUAGAGGUCUAACGAAUCCCCCCUGAAGAGAUUGUCUGUAGUAAGAACCAUCUCCAACUUUUCUGAUGAUGUGUAUGUAUCUUUCUAUAGUAUAUGUCCAAGUUUGGAGAGAAAGCACCAUACAAUCUUCUCUCUUU